GCCAUGUGAAGUGUUUUUUGGUAACACAAUAGCUCGUAAUUAUCUAUUAUUGUCUAAAAUGAAUAUCGAAAUAGAGAUGCGAAUAUUAAAAAACACAUGACCGUUAACAUAAAUGGAAUUUUUGUUAUAUAUUUUAGCUCAUCGUUGUGUUGGGACAUAUCGUAUUGAACAGACAGAACAGUUGUUAAAUAUAGUCAACAAAAAAUAUCUUUUUAUUGCGUCACUUUGUCAUCUUUUUUGUCUGAAUUAGCACAAAAGGUUAAUGCCUGCAAGAAUUGAAGACUUGUGAAUCUCAAAAGGUUUCUCUUGUUAAAGACAGUCUACAAUUAUCCUGACGAUCAUCGGUAUGUGCAGCCCUUUUGGAGAGAUGGACAGUCUUUUGAAGGUCCUGGAAAGUAAUGAACUACCGAUUACUCUUUCAGUCAAAGGGGAUUGUGUUUAUAAAGGGAACACUGUACUUCGUGAUGGACAAUUCCUUACAAUCAUCGAUAGAGAGGAUGUAAGUUUAGUAUGUGGUCAAGACUGGAACGGUAAAUCCUUUCGAGUUACUCUGGAUAAUACUAUUUCAAGGAUAAACGAAUAUUACCCUAAAACUUUAGCAGAUAUAUCGACUUUCGGCAAGAAAGUUUCAUCUUAUUUGAUGGCUAAAGAGAAGUUUGGAUAUGAAGCCAUUAUAUGCGACGCAGGUGAUACUUUCAUCUACCUUGAAGAGCAGUUAGGAAAUGCAGAAUCCGACAGCGCUGAUAUAAAGUUAAGUUUUCGACGAACCAGUGAUCAAAAACUAGUGCACUUUCCAGUUCAAAUCUUGAUGGACCCAGCUUUGUUUGUUUUUGUAGCAGUUCAAGAAAAAAUGAACUUGUCGAAAGUUACAGAAAAAAUGUUGCCUCAAAAAGCGAUAUUUGUAGAAACAGUCAAUAUGCCUCCAGGCGUUGUUGUGCUACAGAGUAGAGAGGUAUACGAUACCAUCCUGUCUGCUACCCUUUCAAGUAAAGACACUAUUCGUUAUGAAAUGUUUUCCCUUGAUUCCCGUAUUAAAGUCAAAAAAUGGGAAUCGUUACCUAAAAUUAUUAAAGAAUUGGGACAAAGAUUUUCGGAGCAAUAUCAAAAUCAUAUUGAUGGUAUUAAGUUUUUGCUUCAUUACGAUAUAUAUAGUAGCAGAUUUUACGGAUCUGUUAUAAUGGACAAUCCAUAUUAUUUCAAUGACUCGCAUCUUGAGAGUAAACCAAGCCCAUUUCACCAACAAGCAAGUAGAUCAAUCACACUACCUUUGUCGACAACAUCUUUCAAUCUUCAACGUCGAACAAACAUAAAAGAAACAAGCGGCUUGCAUGUACGACAAAAAAAAGAUUCCCGGGAAGUAAAAUUACAACGAACUUUGAGUGACAGUGAAGUAGCGACGAGAAUUGUAACCAUGGAAUCACGAAUUGAAAACAAAACGGAAAUUCUUCAAAUGCAGGAGAAAAUAUAUGAGGAGUAUAAAAAUCAAAAACAACAGCAACUACUUGAACAGGAGAAAUCGCAACUUGAAGUUUGUACGCAAAGUUUAGAACGGGAAAAUCCAUUAUACGGAUAUGACACCCUCGCAUUAAACGCAAUCUCAAGUAAAUCAAUACCAUCAUCGGAAAGCUUUAAGCAGUUUGACAUGACUGUUGGAUUACACAAUGGAGAAAAUGAAGCAGGAGCUUUUUCCCUUGAAGGCGAUGAUUCUGGUAUUGAAUCCCCGGACAAUAGAAAAAGUCUGGACAAUAUAUACAACAUGUUUAGGCUAAAAUUAAGUGAGAACGUGGGCCCUGUAGAAGAAGAUGAGAUCCAGUCCUGCAGUUCGUUAAGUGCGAGAAAUCAAAAAUCAAAGAAACCUUCGAUUAAAUUGAAGCUAACAACGCAAGCAAAGCCUGGAAGUGAAAGCCAGUCAGCUGUUGAACCUUCUCUUUAUCUGCAAAAGAACCAAAAAAUCGACGUUGAUUUUGGUAAUAACUUAGAAAAUUCCGUAAACAAAGCAGGAGAAAAUAAACAAAGCGAUGCAGAAACUGCAAUAAAAUUAAGACGAAAGAAGAAGAAGUUAACUAUAAGGUCUAGACGAAAAAGCGAACCCAUGUUGGACACAAAAGGUAUCUUUAAUCAGUAUCACAGUCACGAAACGGAACUGAACUUCCGUGACGUUGAACACGAGUACGCGUCUUUGAUUUAUUCGAGGAUGACAACGACACCAAGGUUUCACGAUGAUAGUCAAAAAAAAGAAAUAGAAAGCAUAACAGAAAUAGAAGCGUUUAGCAUGGAUCAAGUUCAAUGUCUUUUGACAGAACUAAAACUUUCUAAGUACGUUUCUAUUUUCAAAACAGAAAUGAUCAACGGGAAACUGUUGGCUAGGUUAGAUGAGGAAAACGAUAUGGUUGCUACUUUAGGGAUGACAAGAUUUGAAGCUCGCAAACUACAUAAAUACAUUCGAGGAUGGCGCUUGAAAAAAGAAGAUGUUACUGAUACUAAAAAGUGUGAAGCUGAAACAUGGUCUUCCAAUAAUGUUAGUAGUGAACUGUACGAAAUCAAUUUGGUUAAGCUUGCGAGCUUUUGUGCUGAAUACGACAUUGAUGGAGCUUUGUUGAUAGACUUGAUAAAUCAUAAUUACAUCAAAUCACUAGCAGAACACGAUGUUUGCUUAAACUCCAUUGAAAAUAAAAGAUUAUGCAGUUACAUCAAGAAAGAAUUAAAUUAUAACGAAGACGAAAAACGUCGAUCUCGGUGCAGAUGAAGAAGAAUGUCAAACCUGGUGCAUGUAUCAGAAUACGUUGACCUUGUGGAUAUUACGAAUAACGUCAAUGCUGGUAUAUAUAAAUUAAGACAACUCGAUAUAACCAAAUCAAAAUCUGGGUGCAAAUAACGAAGACAAAAUUGUCAAUCCCGGAGCUUUUGAACAAGACGAAAAACAUUGAUCUUGCUACAUAUAACGGAAACAUCAAACUAGGUGCAUAUAUCGAAGACAAAAAGGUCGAUCUUGGUGCACAUAACGAAACCGAGAAACGUCGAUUUUAGUGCAUGAAGCAAUAAAAAGUCGAUGUGAAUAAUUAUUGCCAAACAUUUUACGUACUCAUUGUCGUUUUAUAAUACAUUUUUUAUUGGCGACCUUACGCAGAGAGCGAUAAAAAACUGCAGUUUUUACUUACUGCGCAUGCGUAUUACAACAAAAACACAUUUUCAACGCCGCCUUUUAAUAAAUUGGACCAGACAGCUUAGUGAUUUUUUCGUUGUGAUUUUAAGAUUAAUUUGUAAAAUUUGUUUAUCUUUUCACACGAAUACUUCCUCAUUUCUUUAUAUUAAGGUUAAUAAAUUUAUUUAUUUCGAGUGUUAAGACAUAUAUAUUUAAAAAUAAAUUCUUCAUCGCCAAUCAUGUUUAUUUGC